UGACAUGAACACAUGGGUUUUGCCCUGCAGCGAGCCUUAAAGGCACUUGCUUUUACACGUUAGCCAACAUAGCUCCAGUAUAUAAUACAAUUGUUGGUAGUGAAAAUUUUUAAUUAUCUUUUUAAACAUAUGUUGUUGGUGAAAACGAGAUGUUGACUCAAGCAGGAUUUAAGAAAACUGAAAGACUUCACCGAGGGUAUAGUUUACAACCCCUACGUCACACAAACCCGGAAACGACAGUCGUACGUGGCCUUACUAUCUUCGACCAGAGAAGCAGCAGCUCCUCAAAAUGGAACUUGAGGCGAUGACGCGAUACACCAGCCCGGUGAACCCGGCUGUGUUCCCCCACCUCACAGUGGUCCUGCUGGCCAUCGGCAUGUUCUUCACCGCCUGGUUCUUCGUCUAUGAGGUGACGUCAACGAAAUACACCAGAGACGUCUACAAGGAGUUGCUCAUCUCCCUGGUGGCGUCACUUUUUAUGGGCUUUGGUGUGCUCUUCCUCCUCCUUUGGGUUGGCAUCUAUGUAUGAAGGGUCGCUGACUUUGAAGAUGACACAUUCCAACAGGACAAAACACACACGUACACACACACACCUGGCUUUUGCAUUUGAUUGGGUGUACUGAUAAUAUUUUGGAUUGUUUUCACAAUAAAAGAGGGGUUUGUACAACUUCAA